GGCCGGCGGCGCAAGCGGCCGGUGCCGCGGGGGAAGCCGCCCUACAGCUACAUCGCCCUGAUCGCCAUGGCCAUCGCCCACGCGGCCGAGCGGCGCCUGACGCUGGGCGGCAUCUACCGCUUCAUCACCGAGCGCUUCCCCUUCUACCGCGACAACCCCAAGAAGUGGCAGAACAGCAUCCGCCACAACCUGACGCUGAACGACUGCUUCGUCAAGGUGCCGCGCGAGCCGGGCCACCCGGGCAAGGGCAGCUACUGGGCGCUGGACCCGGCGGCCGAGGACAUGUUCGACAACGGCAGCUUCCUCCGCCGCAGGAAGCGCUUCAAGCGCGCCGACCUGGCCACCUACCCGGCCUACGCCGCCUUCGGCCCCGCCGCGCCCUACGCGCCCGCGGGCUACAGCCCGCCGCUGCCCGCGGGCGCCCCCUACCCGCGGGGCUUCACCAUCGACAGCCUCAUGGGCGGCGCCGAGCUGGGCCUGGGCCCCGCCGAGCUGGGCGGCUGCGCCGAGCCCGCCUGCUUCGCCGUCCCGCCAGGCCGGGCCUACCCCUACUCCGCCUCGCCGCCGCCGCCCCACCUGCCCGGGCCCCCGAGCGGCUACUCCUCGCCCAGCGGCGCCCCGCUCUACGGCGCCGCCGGCCGCCUGGGCCUGCCGCCCGUGCGCCCCGCCGCCUCCUGCGCCGAGCACCCCGAGCCGCUCUUGGCGCUGGCCGGGCCGCAGUUCGGCCCCAAUCCCGCCUACAUGCGGCAGCCCGGCUUCGCUUCGGGACUGGAGCGGUACCUGUAA